AUGGAGAAUAACCCUGUGUAUCACACUUUUAAAAUACUUUCAGCUGUACUGUUCAAGCAGCUAAGCCAGACACUGUCCUCAUAUACCAGUGCUAUGAAUCUAAGGGCCAUGGCCCACAUGGAAAAGAGACUGGCACAAUACUUUGGUUUCCAGGAUUUUCACAGCAUGGGUCAUGGUAGUUUCACAGAAUUUCUGGGACAUCACAGUAAGGAGCUAGAAGAACUUGGCAUGGCCAGUGUAGGGGGUGGGCCAGGAACUGGGCAGUUUACAGCCACUAAGGAUAGUGUCCUGCAGUUCAUUAGGCAGUGUGGAAAUGAUCUGCCCAGUGAUACCAUUGGUGAUAUGCUGUGUGACCAGUUUAAAGUGAAGAAGCCCACUGACCUAGGCUGUGGCACUGUCCAAAAGCUGGUUGAAGGUGCUGGAGAUGGUGCCACGCCCCACAGUGUGGUGUACUAUGAGGCUGCUUCUGUGGAUAGCCAGGGGAACAGCGGCUCUCACCACAAGACCAUCGAGGAGGCCUUGGAGUGUCUGACCAGUGCCCCUCUGCUGGCUGACCUGUCCACUUGGUCACACUGGGAGGUCAUCUUCGAGCCACAAUUUGGACCGCUGAAGACUUUCAUUGAGAAGCAUAGCAAAGACUGCGCUGGGAAUAUUGUUAAAGACAUCAGUGACUUGUACUGCGUUGAGAUGGCACCAGGCAUUCUGUUGCGUAUUACCAUGACAACCUCAGAUAAGCAAUUCAAACUGGCCCUUGAACAAGGAAACACAAGAGAUGCAGCAGGGCAUUUGGUUUCCAUUUUCCUUCGAGAUGGUGGGUCAAAAAAUGCACCUCUAGCUCUUUUGUCCAAUCAUGUGACAACAGUUCUGCACUCAAUGGCAGGAAAGGGCAGCAUUGGACAAAUUCACCCUGGGUUACAAGAGGCAGAAACAGCAGAAGAUGUGCAAGCUCGGCUUACUUUAGAUUGCUUGACAAAAUUGCCUAAGAGGAUCUGUAAAGCUGUAGCCAGACAGGUAUUUUUGGAACCCCUGGGUAAUACUGUAGGCAAGGCCAAAGCCUACCAGUUGCUCCUCAAGAUGAGCCAAUGUAUAGAGGACAAGCUGUGCCUGGAAAGCCUGGGGCUGUCCCUGGGGAUAUCUGAAUGGACAGAGAGUCUGUGGGACAAGAUGAAUAGCAGUGCCGACCCAAUGGACGAUUCUUUCACACAGGAAUUCUCUGACGAGGAAAGUGAGGAAGAAUUACCUAGUGAUGUAAAACCCAAACAGGAACAAAUGGAAGUGGAAACUGCAGAGAAACUUCUGUCAGAAGCAGCAGUUGACAAUCAACAAGAGAUUUUGAUGGAAAAUACUGAACGUGUUGACAGCAACAACACCCAUGAUGUAAGUGACGCCUCCAGUGUAGAACCAACACAAACCUUGGAGACAAAGGAUGAGGCUUGUAGUGAAAAAGAAACUAAGUGCUUCAAUGUCAUUCAGGACAUCCGUCUGGAGAAGUUUGGAAUUGGUCUUGAAUUGGAUGAGAAGGGGCAGAAGCUGGCCCAAGGACUGAAUGAAUUGGUGGGACGCAGCCUGGACAAGCUGUCUCAAGAGCUGUAUAACAAAGACACCCAUUUUGUGUUGGAAUUGAUACAGAAUGCGGAUGACAAUGACUACCCCACUGCCCAGUGGUCAGAGGCAGGGUCCAGUGAGUGUCCAGAGCUGGUCUUUGUGGUGGAGGAGGACUGCAUCACCCUGUACAACAAUGAGAAGGGGUUUUCUGAGAGGAAUAUCAGAGCCAUUUGUGAUGUUGGGCAGUCCACCAAGGGAAAACACAAGCAAGGAUAUAUUGGUCAAAAAGGCAUAGGCUUUAAGUCUGUGUUUACUGUUACCAACACCCCAGAAAUUAUCUCCAACGGAUACUGUAUCCGCUUUGAUGCCAACAGUGGACCCACUGGAUAUAUCCUGCCUCACUGGGUGUCAGAGGAAGACAGAGAGAGACCUCUCGAGUCAUUUUAUGUGACCUUGGCAGGGGGAAAGAAGUCGAAAAAGAAGUCUAAGGUUUUAGUUGACCUUAGUGAUGAAAGGUGGACCACCAAGAUAACGCUGCCCCUGAAAACACAGACCGAGCAAGAGAAAUUGAAGAAUCGCUCCUUGACAUCCAGCUUUAAAGAUGUCCACCCCUCCCUGCUCUUGUUUCUGAACAGGCUUAAGAGGCUGAUAGUGAUAAACAAGGUGAAUAAGGAAACUGAGGUGAUGCACAGACGUGAUCUAGGCAAUGGUGUGAUAGAAAUCCAAACCUCCAGGAAAACUGAGAGAUGGCUGCUUCAUAAGAAGGUGCUGCCUGUCCCAGAAGAGGUGAAUGCAUUCAUGCACACAUGCAUAUGCACUCCCAUACAUAUGCAAACAGUUGUAUACGCACGCAUUUGCACACAUACUUGCUCACAUGCAAGCAAGGAAAAGCAUGAGCUAACACAGUAACCAAAAGCAUAAAUAUAUAGUAACUGGUUUUGGAUAUUGAAAUGAUAAAUACUGGUAUGCAUUUGGAUAUUUAAUACUUUCAUUUCUAUCAGAAUAGGAAGAUUGUCCAUAGUCAGGAAAUCAAACAUUACUGUAACAGUAGAAUUACAAUAGAUAUUAUUAAAACUUGCAGUUUCCCCCUGAAUUUAUACGUCAACUAAAUUUAGUAUGUGAAUAAGUUGUUGUUAAUAAUUAUGUACAAAUGUACUAUA